GAAAUUGUUGCCCUAAAAUCGAAAAUCUAAAAUCUAGUCUGAAAUCCAAUCCAGCUCCGUACUAAAAAGAGACCCAAGUCAAAAGCUCACAGGUCCCUCAGCUGACCCGCACACGACCGCACCGCAGAUACCUCGAAAUCUAACACAAAACUUGAUCCAAAUCCCUCAAAUCGCAGAUCCAAACACGUCGCAGAUCCGCAGCUCAAGCUCUGCUCCAAUGGCGAAACUCAAACACUAGCGAAGCAAAAUGAUUUCCGAGCUGUAAUAUAGCUUCUUCUGCUCCAAUGGCGAUUAGUUCCAUCAAAGGCAAGCUCAUUUUGCUCUACUUACUUUUCAUUUUUUCUUCUCCCUCUUCUGUUUCUAAGCUUUUCGUGAAAUCUAACUCCCACGAUCAAGAUCCUUACCAUGAACCCGAACCCGAUCCCAAUCAACAACAGCUCGUAUUGCAAAGGCUCGAAGAAGUAGUGAAAAACCUGACCGAAAUAGUUGCUAGAUUAGAACAUAAAUUAUCGGACCCUCCGAAAAGUUUAGCACCUGCCGAUGAGGGUUUGCCUUUGGCUCUUCAAGAGAAGGAAAGAUACGAUGGUCACAAAUUGAUCAAGCAAGUUCCAGAAGAGGGCUCUGAUCAGCGUAAAAUUGGAGAGAGGGCGAGGUCUGUUUCGGUAACCAAGUACAGUCCGUUCUGGUCGGACAGGUUUCAGUUUGUUUCGGCUGUGAAAUUGGAUUCGCAGGCGACUUGUAUUCAUGUCCUGCCGUUUCGUGAUUUCGAGGGGGUUACUAAGUACGUUGCGGUUGGAGAUGAGAGAGGGAGGGUUUAUGUGUUUCUCAGAAACGGGGACGUUUUGGUUGAGUUUGAUACGUUGUUGGGGUCACCCAUCAUGGCCAUGGCUUCCUUCUUGUCGGUUUACAAGAACGAGAGUUUUGUGGUGACAGGGCAUAAGAAUGGUGCAAUUUUGAUGCACAGAGUGUGGGAGGGAGUGAGUGGAGAAGAGUGGAGCUCGCUUGUAAUGGAAACUGUGAGAAAAUUUGAUACUGGGAAAAAUGGAUUGACCAUUGCUAUUUUGGAUGUGCACCAUGUGGGGAGGGUGAGUUAUAUAUUGGCCAGUGAUGUUAGUGGGAAAAUUACAGUGUUUCGAGAAAAUGGUUCGGUUCAUGGUUCCACCAUGCCCUCCAGUAGGCCACUUGCCUUCUUGAAGCAGCGACUUUUGUUUUUGACGGAGACCGGUGCAGGGUCUUUAGACCUGAGGAACAUGAAAGUCAGGGAGUCUGAAUGUGAAGGGUUGAACCGUUCCCUUUCUCGGUACUAUGUUUUUGAUGCCACAGAGCGGUCUAAAGCAUACGGAUUUACAUCAGAAGGUGAUCUGAUUCAUGUGUUGUUGUUAGGGGAUAUAAUGAACUUCAAAUGCAGGGUUAGGUCUAAGAGAAAGUUUGAGAUUGACGAGCCUCUUGCUUUUCAAGCAAUAAAGGGGUGUUUGCUUAUUGUAAGUGGGGAGAAAGUUUUCGUGUAUAAUGUUUCUACCCAGCAUUAUGUUAGGGUAGGUGCCCCUCGGAUUAUUUUCUCUGCCGGUCUCGAUGAGAUUAGGUCAUCUUUUCUUAAUUAUCAGACCGUGGAUGUUGAUGCUGAGAAAAGAAAUGUGACGCCCUUAAUAGCCAGUGACCGGGAAAAGCUUGUUGUUCUUGGUCUUGGUGGAGGGUACGUGGGAAUGUAUCGUUCCAACCUUCCGGUAUUUAAGGGUGAAUUUAACACAAUGCUAUGGACCAGUCCUGUAUUCUUCUUUGUGCUUUUCCUGUUUGGAGCAUGGCAAUUUUUUGCUAAGAAGAAGGAAGCACUCACUUCAUGGGGACCAGACGAUCCUUUUAGCUCAACCUCGGCUACAACCGGAGCUCCACUGGGGGAAAGCAGCACUGGAGAUAGGUCUUUUGUGGAAUCCUCAUCAAGAAAUAGCGACAUGAUGGAGCGUAGAGUUAGUGGUCUCAGAGGUCCAUCAAGGAGGUAUGCCUCUCCUCCACGGUAUACAGGGGCAGCAACCAGUUCAUUUAGGCCAGGUACUGCCGAUCAUAACCCUAGACCAUCGUCUGUUGAUCCUAAUUUUAGAACAGCUUCAGAACUAAAAUUUAGAGGUUCCGGGUUAGAUUCUUCAGGUUUUCCAAAGAGGAGAGAGAGUUUGUUUGUAAACACCCAAGUGAUGGAUGAUAGCAGUUAGGCCUUUAUAAUAAAUUUCAUCAACUUUAACUUCAGAGGUUUGUUCAAGGCUUAGUUCCUAGACCAUUCAUUUGGCAAGUCAGGGCCAUUUGAACUUGCACUAGCAGUAUUUUGUAACACCACUACAAAGUUUUCAAUCAAAAAUAAAAUUAUAGAACACAAUAUAUUUAUAAUUAAGAAUGUUCUUACUGUA